AUGGCGUCACCGUCUAUGAUCGAUCUGGAGCAGCGGAAUCGCCUUCCGACGCUGUUCGAAGUGCUUAGUCGCCGCACACUCGCUCCGGUCGACCUCUUUUCCUUCUACAUCUACAUGCGAGACCAGCAGCGCUCGGUCGAUUAUCUUGAUUUCUGGCUCGAUGUUUCACAGCACAUGUCCCUCUGCCGUCACUAUGUCCGCGAGCUCCGUCGUUCUGUCUUGGUAGCCACGCCCGAUUUGGAGAAAACCCACAGCAAGGGAUCUUCGGCUGCCCUGGAAACCCUCGAGCAUUUUGGUGAUAUUCCUCUGGUCGAAGCGGGACCGUCGCGCCAUGGCUAUCAGGACCUUGAUGACAAGGAUGUUGAUCAGAGGUUGUCUGCUUUCUUGCGGUCCGAUGGAAACACGUCGGGACACUCUCCCCAAAACUCUCUUGGGUCACAGAAUGCGGCUCGCACCCAGUCUAAUGAGCAACCUCGCGCAAGCUCUGGCACACAAAACGACUCCAAUUCUCCAGGCCACACAGUAGCACGCGCGGACAUUCGCGCCAGCGCGGAAAAGAUCCUGUACACAUACCUCCUUCCUGGCGCGGAAAGGGAGAUUGUGUUGCCCGAGCCAAUGGUGUCAACGAUUAUCAACCUGGUUGAAGACGACGGUAGAGAUGAUCCGGAGGUUUUCGACCCCGCCAAAGAUUACGUUUUCCAGGCUAUGGAACGUGAUGCUUUCCCUGGGUUUUUGCAGGCAAAGGCUCUGGGAAAUCUGGUUCCGCUGAGCAUUGUUGCCCGUCUAGCCUUUGCUUUAAUCAGUUUUGGUGGAGGUUUCUGGGGCGCCUUCUAUGUGGUACUGCGCAACAAACCACGACACAUUCGUUGUUGGGUGAUUCUCCCUUUCAUCGUCGCGGCCUAUUUUAUCGUCUCCUACCAGUAUAAGAUCGACCCCGUCAUGGCGUUCCUUGGCUACAGCGAGUAUACAUUUAUGAGCUGGUCGCCGAUCCGGGAACCAUACGUCCGGAAACUCUUGAAUAAGCGAGCUACUGCCACCAUGGGCAUCGCGGCUUUUGUCGCCGCUGCCUUGAGUGUUCUGUUCAUCUUCGUUCCGGGUACUAUGCUGUGA